AAGUAAUGUAAUGACUUUUCUGACUUCGAUUGAGUCUGCCUGCACAAUCGAACACAGCGUCUAGAGAUGGCAGCGCUAUCAUCACCUCUACGAGUCUGUAGAGGGAUCAUGAAAGAACUACGUGCCAUCCAAGGACCAAGUUACAAAAAGUCCCUGGCGUACAGCUACGUUAUGGACCAGUUUCGCAAGAACAAGGCGAGUUAAGCGUCACUUGCUUUUCAGCUACCGUUAGCUCAGUUGGCUAACUAUCAUAACAAACAUCGGAGUGCGUGGCUAACGUUAGCUAACUCGAUUACUUUUUAAUGAUAGCGUGUUUAUUUGGCAAGAUAAGUAGAUGUGUUGUUUGCGUUUCGGUCGUUUACAGACACGAGAGUUCUGCAAAUGCGAAAAGUGACACCGGGAAGUAGUCAUCACCAGCAUUGGUAUAUAAGUAAAGCAAGGUGACUGAGGAGUAGAGGACAUGCUAACAGUAGCAGCAGCUGUAGCAUGUGUUGACACUGGUGAUAAUUGAGUCAUCUACGAAGUACAUUAAAGACACAUACAUUGUGUUAUUCUUCGGAAUUAAUUGACCUGUAUGGACGUAUAAAAUUAAUUAUAAGCCCAAAUUGGCUCACUUAGAAGCAGCAUUCUCUUUUUAUAAUAUUAGAGCUCCUUUGAGGAGUUUGAAACUGGGUUUAAAAUGGGCUGAAAAUUUACUUCGAUGCUUAUAUAUGACCUGUUUAAGUGAAGGAGGCCACCAGCCACAUGACUGAUUAUUUCUACAUGCCACUGUUAUCCAAUGGGAGUUUAUGAGUUAAAGCACACACUACCAUAACAGCCUUUGUUUACAUUUGCAGGGUUUAAGACUUCUGAAUAGCCAAAUAAAGUGGGAUGAAAGUGUAUGAAAACAUGAUCAAGGCCUGGUAUACACUAAUCAAAUAGAAGUGAAUUAAGCUGAGGGUAGCCGUAAAAGGCUGGCCACACAAUAGAUGGUUUUACACCCAGUUUGCCACCCCCCAAAAUCAGUGGUGUGGUCCAAUUUGAGACCUGCUGGAACUGAGUAUUUGUCAAAAAAAAAUUCUUAAGGUUGUGGUGUCAGUUCAGCUAUUUUACAGACUAAAUUAACUCCUGACAUGGGUUCUGUAGAUAUUAAACAUGUUAAUAUUAAAGAUUGCAGGUAAGACUGCCUCUAACCAAAUGCUAGGGGUGGGAGAAAAUUCACAAAAGUAUUGCAGUCUUUUGGUUUACAAAUUUUAAAUCAAUUUUUAUGUUCAAAAAUCGUUUUUUUUUUCUCCAAAUUUAUGAAUAAAUCUUAAAAACUGACUUACAUGUGAUGUGUAUUUUUUGGGGAAAAAUGGUUCCUGGAAUAGUCAGUAGACAAUCAUUAUCAUUCAACUGUUUCACUGGUGUUAAAAAUGCAGACUUAAAAUCGAGAAAAUUGACAAUAUCUUAGAAUGCCGAUUUAAGUCAAAUUGGCAUCCAAAAAAUCGUAGAGGAAUCGAACGAACUUUUCAUAGUUUUUCCUGAUUGUGCCUGUGCAAAAUAGCAGCAUCUGAAAGCACCUUGGCAACACACCCUAGGAUGUGGACAGCUGUUAUACACACUUUAUACACAUCAGCUGUACUUCAGAUUUUGCUUUUGCAAAGCUCCUGUAUUUUUAGAUUUUGCAGACAGAUCAGAGAAGCUGUAACUGUACCCUUUAUUUAUGAUCAAAGUGAUUUUCUCUGACUUUAGCUUCCAUGUGUGGAAGUUUUCAAAGUAAACUUUACUGAUAAUUGUCUUAAUCCUGUCGUAGUUAAAUGUGUACAGGGAGAGCACGAGUUGUGAGCCUUGGUCAUCUGUCGUAAACAAGUUACUUGUUCAAUGUGAGUUCAUACAGUCAUUCCCUGGCCUUGUAUGUGCAGGAUUGAGAAGCAAAGAGGAAAGAAGUAACAUUACAAAACAGUAACAGUAAAUUUUAUAUAUAUAUAUUAAAUUUGCUGUCAUUUCUGGGAAAAAUAAAUGCACUAAGUCAAGUUUUUAGAUGUCUAUCCAUAACUGUCCUAGGACUGGUCCACCUCUAAUAAUGUUUUCCGUUUUACAGAAACCAAACCUCUAGAGAAACCUGGAAUUUUUUUUUAAUAAGAGUUGUCAAAUGAUGACAUUUUGAUCAUCAUAUUGACAGCAGGAAGACACCGCAGAUGUAACUACAGUGUGCUAAAAGUGACCAAUUGCAUUUGAUUGAAAUUAAAAAAUAUUCUAAUCUCUGAUCAGAUUGCAUUGGGAUGACUGCAUUAACACAGUCCAGAUUUUUAUCAUCACUUAUAAUAAAUAAAAUAAGAAACCUGUAAAAAGCUUCCAGGUAAAUAUUGUUGUGGUCAAGGGGAGUCCUGAAUUCUAAAUAUGUAUGACUGUAUUUGCAUUGAAAUCACAGCAUACAUCAGUCAGUUUGUACCCAUCAUAUCCACCUAAGUGCUUGUGAUUCUGUUUGUAUCCUUGCGCAGUGGAGCUGCCAGUUCAGAUGAAGGCUCAGGAUUGUUGGGCAUAUAGGCUUAAAGCUUGGAUUGUUCAUGCUUGAGAGAGCAUGGCUCACCAGGGUGGUUGAAUGCAUGUGCAGUCACUGAAGCAAAACAGCUAGAAGCAACUCUUGCUUGUCAGUGUGUGUUUGUCCCUGCUCUGAAACAUCCCAGAGGCGUUAUAAUGUAUAUGUCAGAGUAUAUAGGGAUUGGACCAAAUGCUCAGUGUCCAUGCAGCUCUUCCAGUGAAUAAGGAAAAGGGAUUUCUUAGCAGAAAAGCCUGAAACCUUGGCAUCUUUGUUUAUGUUGUGAUCUGUGACUGGGGAAACAUUUCCACCAGCAAGACCUAGAGACUUUUCUUCAUAGAUGUUCACUUGAUAUUAUUUUCUUUACGCUGAUUAAUUUAUGAGCAAAGUACAAGGACUCAAGUAAUCUGUCCAGUUUGCAGCGACCAUCAGAGUUGUCUUCACCAGUUGAUUUGCUCUGAUAUUUCUCUUCUUUUCCCCUCUCACAGGUAACAGGAGAGAGGUACUGCCGUGCCCAGCAGGAGGCACACCAUGAUGCACACACCUACCUGUGUUUGCUGGCCUCCACAAGGAACCACCUGAUCCUGCACAACCUUUACCACGGCAAGGGAGAACGCAGCCCCGAGGAAGUUGCAGGCCUGGUGGGGCUUAGACUGCCCACUCAGCCCGGAGGUAAAGGCUGGGAGAAGUGAGGCCACGGGAGGGUGCAGCAUCACAGGGAAAUGUUGACUUUGGCAAUGACUUUUCUAUGGCUGAUCAAACAUCAACAUUUGGCUGGAGUCUGGCAGACAAGAGGAUGUACCGUCAUGGACUGCUUCAAGCAAGCGUCACCUGUUUCUGUUUUGUUUUUCUGUCAACAGUCAAAAGGAAUAAACAUGAUCUAAAUGUGAUCUGAGAGUAUUUUAAGCAACUGUGAAAAUGUGUUAAGCUGUAAAUAUAACGUAGCAUUCAACAUUUCCACACCUGCUUUUUAGACAUUUUUCCUAAAUGUUAACUACAAAAGCAUCUAUUCAUAUGAAACUGUAAGUAAACUUAAUUUUGACCAUUUAUCAGAUAAAUCUGAGUCAGAGUUUUUGAGAUCCUAUUAAAUAUAAAUAUCCUAAACCUGUAUGUUUUACAUUUGUUGGCAACCCGUAUCAUUUUUUAAUUUGUUUUUUAAUUCAUUUAUUUUUUAAUUUUAUUUAUUUAUUUUGAGGGGGGGGCACCUUUAAUGAGGGGAAAAGACAACAUAUAGAGUGGAAAACUAGGAGAGACAGUUCAGGAUGACUUGGUAAAGAGCUUCAGGUUUGAAUCAAACCCGGGUCGCCUGCUCCAGGGACCACAGCCUCUAUGCAUAGGGGCGUGAUAACUCAAUUUCACUUGCUUUCUCAAGAUCUUGACUUAAGGUCAGCAAAUCACUUGUAUCCCCAGAGUUGUAUUACACAAAACUUGACUUAGUACUGAGGGCGAUGGCAGCAUGGUAUGUGGUGAUUUACCCUGUUAAAGAGACCAGAUUAUUGUUUCGUUUUCCCGAUUACCUGUAAAUUAACCUCUACAUUUGGUACAUUUGUAGGAAACAAAAGACAACGAAAUGCCCUCAAAGAUGUCAAUAGAUUAAUACAUUUAAAUGAAGUGCCCUCUGAAUGCUCUUCUAUUGGCCAAAAUGUGAAGAAAGUGACCACUGACUGCCCUAUCAGUUGAUUAAAUGUGAAUGAAGUGCCCUGUGAACACUCUUCAAGUAGAUUGGUGGUAAACAAAAAGGCCUUUUGACAUCAUACAAGAGUAUAAAAACGUAUGGAAGCAUGUCUGCAUGAAGUUACAGGUUAGCCCCGGCAUCAGAACAGCUAAAUCGUUGCUGUUUCUCACUAUUUUUAGGGGAGUUUCAAGGCAGCAUGAGGCUGCACGCAGAGGUGUACAUAAGCCAGAAUGAUGUUAUCUCUGUGCUCCUGUGGUAGACAAUCUUACAUUAUGUAAGAGGAAAAAUCCAAAAAAUAACAACAGUGCAUGUCAAACAGCGGGCAAGAGUAUCAGCCAGGAGCAGAUAUGAAAGACACACUUAUUGGUGCCUUCCAGGACAACAUGAACAUAAAAACAACCAUAUUCAAGUGUGGUUUAAUAAAUACUGGGAUAAAAUCAUGUUUCAUGGAGAACUCAGGCUGUUUUUUGAAGAGAGGAGGCAUAAAAAAGGGCAUCUGCUAUGUAUCACUGGGCACAGACUGAAAGCUGUAAAUGAAUUAUAAUGAAUUUACUGGAACAUUA